GCGCGGGCGCUGUACGAGCGGGUGCGCAUCCUGUGCUGGGUGAUGACGGCCCCCGGCAACCUGGAGACCAAGGCCCGGCACGUGCGGGCCACCUGGGCACGCCACUGCAACGUGGCCCUCUUCAUGAGCUCGGAGCCCGACGAGAGCUUCCCCGCCGUGGGGCUGCCCGUCCAGGAGGGCCGCCAGCAGCUCUACUGGAAAACCAUCCGCGCCUUCCAGUACGUGCACCGGCACCACCUGGGCCAGGCCGACUGGUUCCUCAAGGCGGACGACGACACCUUCGUGGUGGUGGCCAACCUGCGCUGGCUGCUGGCCGGCCAAGCCCCCGAGCGCCCCGUCUACUUCGGCAAGCGCUUCAAGCCCUUCGUCAAGCAGGGCUACAUGAGCGGCGGGGCGGGCUACGUGCUCAGCAAGGAGGCCCUGCGGCGCUUCGUGGCCGCCUUCGCCUCCCGCGCCUGCAGCCACACCAGCGCCGUGGAGGACGUGGCCCUGGGCCAGUGCCUGGAGAAGGUGGGGGUGGAGGCGGGCGACUCGCGGGACACGCGGGGCCGUGAGACCUUCCACCCCUUCCCG